GCUGUCAAACUCGAUGUGGCUGUGUGCAAUUCACGCUAGAAGCCGGGAAAAAGACGAGAAACAAGUCGUUCGGGAAAAUCUGUUGCAUGUUUUAGUUGGUCGUGUCCUCUGCAGUCCUCGUCGCCUACGCGCCUCCAUCCCUUUUUUUCCAGUGAGCCGGCUCCCAAGUCCUGCUAGUGGCAUUGAUUUGUGUGAAAGAAGACAAAGAGCCGAACUCCAUUUUGGAGAUAGCCGCUACACGCAACGCCCACGGUUACGAAAAACAGAAAGGCAAAGGCGGAAAAUUUGUCCGGAUUCUCUUGGGUAACUGCAUUCUAAUUAGAUUAGACGUGCAGUGACGAACGAACUGUGUGCCUGUUUGCAGUGAAUAUUCGUGGUGAAACCGUGGCAAGCGACAGAGUGGACAAAAUGGAUGUCUGGCUACCCUUGGAAUCUAACCCUGAGGUGCUAUCGAACUAUAUGGUGAAUUUGGGCGUUUCGCCGCUCUGGAGCAUCGUCGAUAUCUAUGGAAUGGACGAUGAGCUGCUGGAUAUGGUGCCGAAACCGGUCAAGUCGUUGAUAUUUCUGUUUCCCUGCUCGAAGGCGCACGAAGAGUUCCGUGCGAAGCAAGACGAGGAGCUGAAGGACAAAAACGUGGAGCAUCCGAAGAGUUUGUUCUUCACGCGACAGUUCGUGCACAACGCGUGCGGUACGAUUGCUGUGAUUCACGCCAUCCUGAACAACCCGGACAUUGAGGUCACCGAGGGCAGCGUGCUGAAGAAGUAUCUGGACAGUGCCAAAGACCUGUCGCCCGUCGAGCGUGGCGAGCUGCUGAACAAGAGCGAAGAGUUUAAGGCGACGCACGAGCAGAACGCCCAGCAGGGUCAAACCGCCACACCGAACAUUAACGACGCGGUGUACCAUCACUUUAUUGCGUUCGUGCAGGUGGACGGCACGCUGUACGAGCUGGACGGCCGCAAGAACUUCCCGGUAGCGCACGGACCGACCACGCCGGAGACGCUGCUGAAGGACUCGAUUAAGGUGUGCAAGCAGUUCAUCGAGCUGGAUCCUUCCGAGGUGCGCUUCACGCUGCUCGGCCUGGUGCCGACCCAGUGAGCGGGUGGGGCGGGUUGAAGAUCGUGCAUCAUAAUCUCGCUUUUAACGCUUUAAGCUUGCACUCGGAACAAAAAGAACCCAUUACUCAAGCAUUCAAAUCACACCGGCGCCAGGCAGCGUUCCUUUUAUAUGGAGAGAUAUUAGCAAUAAAAUAAAAAAAACGCAUUUAUGCUUUCAAUGUGCAUGUCAUUGUAGAUGCUAAA